CUAAUCCGCAAAGGGAAAGAGGAGAUGAAGAAGGGAUAGUUCCACAAAUCAUCCAAUUCGAAUAUGAAAAUGGAACUAAUGAUACUGGAAGCGCGACUGAAAGCACGUACGAGGAUAGAAUAGUUUGCAACCAGUGCUCUACAGUCUUACCACUUGGCGAAGAAGCUAGUAAUGAUGGGAAGUGCAUUCAUUGCGAACGCCAAGAGAACAUUGUUAAUGAGCGUAAAAGAUCCAGGGAAUGUUUAGAAAAACAAGCCACCAAAAUGCUGAAACUGUCUAAUCGAAAAUUCUCCGACGUUCAAGCUGGAACUACCGUUCGUGUACCCAUACCAGACGUAGAUAGAGCUCGUGGUUCUCCCCGUAAUGUACUGGCUGUUGUUAAUAGUGUAGAAGACGGUUUAUAUAAACUUGGUACACCCCAUGGCGCGUUGAAGCAUAAAUUUACCAGGUCAGAGUUUAAUCCUUGCAUUGAAAAGUUUAUUCUAUUAGAGAACCUUAGCGAUUCCGCAAAAAAUAAAGAAAUUUCCCUGAGAGAAGUGGCCGCUGAAAAUAGUGUUUUAGGGGGACAGGGUUACAAACGUUGUCACUGCAAGGGCGGAUGUAAAAACAAUAAGUGUGCUUGUCGCGCUAACAAGAAAAUUUGCAAUUCGAAGUGCCAUGGAUCUCUCUCAUGCCACAAUAAAAAUGAUUAA